AUGAAUGCUCCAGAGUCGGAUAACCCAUACGCUCCCAAGCAGGCUUUGAAGCCCACCCCAGAGCUAUAUAGCGAGCUCGUAGGCGAUGGCAUGGAGCGACUUGCCAGUGCAUCCAUCUCGUUCAUCGAUUUCUCCUCAUCCUCAGAGGCUGUCGUUCAUGACGUCGGUUGCGGUCUGGGCGCAGCGACUGCCGCUGUCGUAGCUGCGUCUAAUGCCAAAAACACAAAGAUAACCGGAAGCGAUAUUGACGACAACAUGCUCAACCUCUAUCGUGAGCAGAUUUCUAAGAACAACUGGCCAGCCGAAGCCGUAAAGGCAGACGCUACUGCCCUCACAUUUGGGGACGAAAGCUUCACUCACGCCAUUGGCAACGCGUUGCUGUUCGUUCUCCCGAAUGAUGGUAUCGACGCGACGAAAGAGAUACAUCGUACUCUCAAGCCAGAUGGAGUCGCCAUUGUCAACUCGUGGGCAUACGUACCAACUCUGCCCGCCAUCGUCGCCGCCUGCGAAAAGACACGGCCAGCUGGAACACCACUCCCUCGUCAAGGUCUUGAGAAGUGGGAAAGCGAAGACUUUUUACGAAAUAUCGUUAUCCAUGGGGGGUUUUCAGCUGACAAGGUAAAGCUGGAAAAGAAGGAUGUGUUUGUCACCAUUGGUGACCUGAAGCAUUUCUCGACUAUGCUUUGGAGUUUCAUUGGAGGAACGUCUAGUGCGGGUUGGUUGGAGUCAGAUGAGGAGAAUUGGGAUAUUGCAGUUGAUACAGUUGUUGAGGCACUCAAGAAAAGUGAGGGAUCCGAAAAACUCGAGAAUGGGAAGAAUAAGAUUAUGUUCAAGGCUAAUAUUGUGAUUGCGAGGAAGUAA